AUGAAUCGCCCGAUUUUCUGGGAAUCAUUGUUCGUCCCCCUCCUGGCACACGGCCUCCUGCUCGUCCGCUUUUGCCCGCGGCGCCUUACGUGUGGGCAGCCCGAGCCUUCAUCUUCCGCAGUCAGGUCCGGGCGCGCCGCCGUCGCCAUCGUGGACGACGGGCGCUCGCCGUCUUAUGUCCGCAAUGACGAGAUAGAGAGCCACGCGUCUGCGCACUCCGUCCUUUCGCCUGCGCACUCUGUCCUUUCGCCUGCGCACUCUGUCCUUUCGCCUGCGCACUCCGUCCUUUCGCCUGCGCGUCUGACCCGCGACGCAGUAGAGCCCCCGCCAGUCGACUGCGGCGGCAGCAUGGCGAGCCGCGCCGGGCAGCUAGCGAACACCUGUGAGGCAGACACGGGCGGCGGGGACAGCGCCGAAGGCCGACUGGACCGUGGGGAAGAAUUCCUCGAGGCGGCGACGCGCACACGCUCCAGCGGGCGCACAGAGGCCCCAGCACAAGAGAGUGGCGGAGACAUAAACAAACCGGUAGCAGGUGACAACGGACGUGGACCUCAGUUGGGAGAGGCGCCGGCCGUGCAGACCGACGACGGAUGUACCCCGUCGCAGACUGCGAGGGCAGAGAGCGACCCCGAGAGUCGCGGAGAGACGGAGACCCUUUCGCGCACCUCGCCGGGGUGUGCCGACCCGCGCGAGCGCCGCAGCGAGAAGCGCCAGAAGCGAGACUCUCGCGGCGCGGACUGUCCCAGCAAUCACGGUGAGCGCUCCGUCGAAGAAGCCCAAGCUACUGCGCGCGAGAGAGAGAGCCGCUCUCUCUCCGGGGGCAGGGAGGAUCAGGACGGCUUGAGGGCGCCGGCUGCCACGCAGACGAGCGAGGAUGCAUGCGUGCCGGAGGCGCUUCAGCGCCUGCGCCGCUACCUCGAUCCGCGGGAGUCCGACGACGAGCUUUUUCCGCACGACGAGGUUGAUAUCUUCCAUGACCGCGACGCCUUGGAUUGCGCCUUCUUCUCAGCGGAUGCCUCGCUCGCGUCGUCUGUCUGUGCGCCCCCGCACGCUCCCCGCCCCGAAGCGGCGGCCGCCCUCCGCCCUACGUCAUUUUCUCCCGAGGCCUCUGCGGCCGCGUGUUCGCGGCUGCUGCUGGAGCCGCCGCGGGGGCUCGCGAGCGCGACAACUCUGGAGGCGCUGCAGGGAAACUCCCACGUGGAGGACUGUUUGACAGGCGGCGCGGAGUCCCCCAACAUCCUCGAAAUGCUGCGCCCCAUUGUCCUGAGCUUCGCCCGAGAUCCCUGCACGCAGCUCGCCAGAAACCUGCGCGACGCCGGCCUCAUAGGCGCCUACCUCGCUGCGCCCGCCGACGUCCCUGCGCCAGGCCAGACGGGGCACGCCGAGGGGCGCGUAGACGCGGCCGCGAGAGACACAGGAGGCGACAGGCGAGAGACGGAGCCGCGAGCGGAGUCUGCGCAGGCAGGUGCGCGGGAGGGCGGAGAAGACGAACAAGAAGUCAGUCAAGCGAGCAGGAAGACGCGCCUAGAGUCUGGGCCCCCAGCGACAGAGGACGAGCCGUUUCUAUGCAAGACGGAAUACGGAGAGACAAAGGAAAGAGGCUCGCGGAGCGAUGACGCGUCGCGUGUAAACGGGCGCGCGAGUUCCGAGGAGCGAGGACUUCCAGCGGCGGGGUCCUCUGCUUCAUCGAGGGCGCUCUCCUCUCUCGACGACCGUUUCGCUACAACUGGUGCGGGCGACGACGCGGCGCACCGCCAACAAGCUGAGCAAGGCGCGCAUGCGCCGCCGCCACAUCCACUUCUCAACGGACGUGAGGCCGCAGACGUUCUUUCCUCCGCUCCAGCGUCGCUUCCACAUCCACGGUCGGGCGAGGCGAGUGACUCACGCAGCCAGCCGGCCGCUGCCCCCACCGCGAAGCUAGAGCCCGCCCCAGGACGCGCGGCAGCUCAUCCCCACGGCGGCGGCUCGCCAGCGCAGUCGUCGCCCGCAGCGGUCCCGUCGGGCGUUUCGCCUGAGGCGGCCGCAGCAGAGGGCGCAAUCGCGAGGGAACAUGAAGAGCCCGAAGCCCAAGAGCGCGCGGAGGCUCGCGCCGAAGAGCAGCGGCGCCUCGCCGAGGAGGGCGUGAUGUAUCUCCAGCUGAAAGAAGUCAUUCUGGGUGUCGCGGCCGCCCUCGAAAUCCAGCAACUCGACCCCAUUCGGAAGCGCAUGCGCGAGCGAUCUCACCCCCACACCUCCCCCAACCAGCAAGCAGCCACGGCUUCUUCUCCUGUCGCGGCAGACUCGCCUGCUGUCCCUCAGUCGCCCAGCUUGGGGGGGCAGUGCAGCGACGGCUCGGAAACCCUCGCGGCGGGCGGCGCGCCGAGCGAAGCUGUAAAAACAAAGAAAAAAAGCGGGACCGCCAGUCCAGCGUGCAGCGGCGCCGCGAGUCGGCCGAACGAGCGGCAGACUCGCGAGGGCGAGGAAGCGCCGACAGGCGCGCAGCUCGACAGAGCCGAGAGGCCCGAUGAUGCCCGCGCGGCGAAGAAGGUGAAGAGGCGCGCCUCUAACUCUCUCAGAGACGUCUCGUGUGAGGUGGAUGGAGAGAGCUCGAGUAAAUGCGGCGGCCGCGCGAGACUUUUCGAGACGCCGAGCCACGAUGAAAGCGCGGCUAGCGGCGCCCCGGAGAGCCGCGGAGGGCUGGACGGCAGCGCUGAGGAAAGACAAGGUUCAAACCCGAGCCCGGAUGGCGACGGCAGUGAGCAAGGGCUAACAAACGUGGAGACGGAACCCGCCCAUGCCCGGUGCUGCUGCGGAGAGGGCGGAGAAGAGGCGAGCGACGAAGUGUGGCGUCAGCGAGGCCUUCUCCGCUACACCGCGCUCUACGAAAAGUGGAAAGUCUUCCUCAUGAAACUCGCCCCUACCGGAAUGGGCUUGGCUUCGUAUUUUGGGCGGUCGUUCGUGUUUCACGUGUUUCACGUCGCGCUGCCGUCGCUGCUCGAGGAGCUCGCGCAGACCGUUGUCGGCGCAACUCCGGCGGAGCUACGGCGCUUCGUUCUCGCGCUCGCGGAAGUCGCAGGGCUCCCCAAAGCCCACGCCGAAACCCUACUCGCCCAGGCGGUCUCUGCGCACGCCAAUCGCUUGGAGUCCAUUCUUCCGUCUGAAACGGGACUCGGAUUUCUGCAUCGGGACGCGGGCGGUGCGCGCGAAGAGCAAAUGGGCAUCAUCAGUUUUUGCUGUUUGACGAAUGACCGGCGCCCUCGGCACAUGCGGCACCUAGUGACGGUGAAAAACAUUUUCUCGCGCCAGCUGCCCAAGAUGCCGCGUGAGUACAUCGUCCGGCUCGUCUUCGAUCGCAGCCACUUCACCUUCUGCCUCUGCAAACAGGGAAAGGUCAUCGGCGGCGUCUGCUUUCGGCCUUACUUCGCGGAGAAGUUCGCCGAAAUCGCUUUUCUCGCGGUGACGUCGACAGAGCAGGUGAAGGGCUACGGCACGCGGCUGAUGAAUCACCUCAAGGAGCACGUGAAGAAGUCCGGAAUCGAGUAUUUUUUAACCUACGCAGACAACUUCGCAGUGGGGUAUUUCAGGAAGCAAGGCUUCAGCAGCAAAAUCACGAUGCCGCGCGACCGCUGGCUUGGGUACAUCAAGGACUACGACGGGGGGACGCUGAUGGAGUGUCGCAUCAGCUCGCGCAUCAACUAUCUAAAGCUCUCGCAACUCCUCGCGCUGCAGAAAAUCGCAGUGAAGAAACGAAUCGAGUCGUGCUCGCCCUCGGUCGUCUGGCCCCCUAUCACCUUCUGGAAGGACAACCCUGGGCAGGUGUUGAUGCCGUCGGAGAUUCCAGGGCUGGCGGCUCUCGACGUGGACGGCGAGUUGAGCAUGCUGAUCUCCUCUGGAGGAGGCGCAGGCGGUCGCUUCUUCGGCGGGCUCCACGGCGCGGGCGCCGGCGCUGCGGGGCGGACCGGCGUGGGCUCCAGGAAAGGCCUCUUCGUCGGCGGCGCGAAGCGCGACGGCUUGGGCAAGGGCUUCGCGGCGCGCGGUCUGGGACCCAGCGCGCCGUCGCUCAAGGCGCAGAUCGCGGCGCUGCUCUCCGCACUCGAAAAGCACUCCUCCUCUUGGCCGUUUCGGAAGCCAGUUUCAGUCAACGAGGCGCCCGACUACUACGAAGUCGUGCGUAGACCCGUAGACAUCAGCACCAUGAAGAAGCGAAAUCGCAACGGGGAGUACGGCACGCCCGAGGAGUUCGGGCAAGAUCUGCAGCUGAUGUUCGACAACUGCCGCGCUUAUAACUCGCCAGACACGAUUUACUACAAAUACGCAGACGAGCUGCAGGCCUUCAUACGGCCCAAAGUCGAGGCGCUCGGCAAGGCCUGA